AUGUUGUCUCAGCGGCGGAUCCGGCUUCUGCUUAUAGCCGCGGUGGUGUUGAUGGUCACCAUCUUCUACUAUUCGGGCGACGCCGGAACAAUACAAAAUCAGAGAUUCUAUCGAUCUACCGUCGCGGCUAUAGACGCCCAUAGAGAAGCAAAAGAAGCUGCAUCGAAACAGAAUGUACAGCCCCAGAAACCCGCCCCUCCAAAGCCUGUCGAGGAGAAUGCCAAACCUGUAGUGCAGGAAGCGGAUGGAGUCAAGGCGACCACCCCCAAAGGCGCCAGUGAAGAGAUGGAAGAGAUCCCAAUUGCAGGACGUACCAAGAUGACGGUACCAAAGAACAGGGGUCAGGACUCGCAAAAGCAAGAGUCUGCCCUUGCAUCUUCUGAGGAUGACCUAGAAGUUAAGAAUGAGCUCAAUGCCAUUCUUAAGAGAUCGCCCAUGCCUGCGCCGCAUGUGGUCGAACUCGAUCAACAUGCAAUGGGACAGCAACUUCAAUCGCUCUUGGCAAAGAACACCGGCCGACGUACUGUACCAAACGUACUCGUCAAUGGAAAGAGUAUAGGCGGUGGUGACGACGUGACCGCACUUGAUGAGAAGGACGAGCUUGCCUCGACGCUGAAGAACUUGGGUGGGAAAUGGAUACAAGAGGUCAAUCGUAAGGACCAAACGAAGCAGGCUGAGUGA